AUGGAUACCGCAAAGCAAGGCAAAAGCGACUACCUGCUUUCGAGAGCUAUUGAAUGGGGGCUGGCGGAUACUGUGGAACUAUUGUUAGUUUCCGGCGCAAAUCCCCAGAAUCAUGGUAUCGAUGCCCUGGAUCCCAUCCAUGGGAGAACCAACAUGGUUAACAGCGAGGAGAUUCAUUUCUCCAUUGCAGCUCAUCUCUUCCUGAAGCUGAUUCCCAUGAGCCACUACUAUUCAUCCAGAGAAGACGAUCCUUCGGCAUUUCCCAUGAGACGUGCUCGUCGUCUACGAAAAGAUGUUGGCCCGUUUAGCCCCGACGAUAUCCAGAAACCAAGCUUGACCUAG